AUGCCGCCGCGGGAAGCGGCGCUACUCCUCCUCGUGCUCUGCGUGCAACUCGGAACAUCAAGCUCUACAACUACAUGUCUUGCAUCAUACUUAUUCGGAUUCUGGAGUAGAACCCAUCAGCAUCGCUUUCCUGCCCUAGCCCCUGGCCCAGCCCCUUCUCCUCAACCUCAAGGCCCCAUUAUUGCUCACCCAGUGCAUAGGCAUCACAGAAGAAGGCAUCAUGCUUCCCCACCACCUUCAUCGUUUUCGCCAGAAAGACAAGAUUGCAGCAGAACAACUUGUUCUGCUCCACUUACGUCGACUCCAAUUGGUUCACCCUGUGGUUGUGUAUAUCCUAUGCAAAUUCAGCUUGAUCUUGGCGUGGCACCGUAUCAAUUAUUUCCCAGAAUUGAUGAGUUAGAAAUUGAGGUUGCAGCAGGUACAUUCCUGAAACAGAGUCAAGUUCGGAUAAUGGGUGCUGGGAGUAGUCUUCAAGAUCCUGAAAAAACAACAGUAACCAUCAAUUUGGUGCCAUUAGGCCAGAAAUUUGAUAGGACUUCAGCCUUACUGAUUAGCAAUAGAUUUUUGCAAAAGAAGGUUCCAAUAAACUCAUCCGUUUUUGGUGACUAUGUUGCUACAUAUGUUCAUUAUCCAGGCCUUCCUUCUUUAGUACCUAUUCCUGGAUCCUUGGGUCCAGUAAGCAGUAACGAGGACCCUUUUAGUGCAAAUAUACACAAUAGAAGCCAUCACAAGAUUAACUCUAAAAUGGUUGCCAUAAUUGCUCUGUCAGCUGUGGUUUUUGUUUUGACGUGCUUGGCCAUUGGCAUCGUUUGGAGAUUCAAUGGACUAAAACAUUCUCAUGCUACGGGCCCGAUUUCAAGUUCUUCCAUCACUAGAAAAGGAGCUAUGAGGUUAUCGUUCUCUGGUACAAGCAGCUCGGCAGCAUCAUUUGCUUCAACAAUAGGAACCUGCCCAUCCACCGUAAAGACAUUUACAAUAACUGAGCUUGAGAAGGCCACAGAAAACUUCAGCUUCAGCAAAAUAAUAGGUGAAGGGGGUUAUGGACGUGUUUAUCGCUGUGUAAUUGAAGAUGGUGUUGAGGUUGCUGUCAAAUUGCUCACAAGGAAACAUCACAACAGAGAUCGCGAGUUCAUUGCAGAGGUUGAGAUGCUAAGUCGUUUACAUCACCGCAAUCUUGUCAAGCUGAUUGGUAUAUGCAUUGAACGGAGCACGAGGUGCUUGGUAUUUGAGCUUGUUCCAAACGGAAGUGUUGAAUCUCAUCUACAUGGUUCAGAUAAAAUAUAUGGCUCGAUUGAUUUUGACACUAGAAUGAAAAUAGCCCUCGGCGCAGCAAGGGGACUAGCCUAUCUGCAUGAGGAUGCCAACCCUCAUGUCAUUCACCGGGAUUUUAAGGCUAGCAAUGUUCUAUUGGAAAACGAUUUCACACCCAAGGUUGCUGAUUUUGGGCUGGCAAAGGAAGCAUCAGACGGGAUGGAUCAUAUUUCUACUCAGGUCAUGGGGACUUUCGGGUACGUUGCCCCAGAGUAUGCGAUGACAGGGCAUCUGCUUGUCAAGAGCGACGUCUACAGCUACGGUGUGGUGCUCCUCGAGCUGCUGUCAGGCCGAAAACCCGUGGACAUGACACAGCCACCGGGGUCCGAGAACCUGGUCACCUGGGCGCGCCCGCUCCUCUCCACCCGGGAAGGACUGCAGCGGCUGGUGGACCCGUCGCUCCCGGCCGGUUACGACUUCGAGAAGCUGGCCAAGGCGGCGGCCAUCGCGUCCAUCGGCUCGUUCGCGGGUGGCGCGACCGAGGAGUCCCCGUGGAACGACGUCAGCAGGAGCUCGUGGAACGACGACCCACCGGCCACCCCGGGCCCUGCGCUCCCCCUGGGAUACGGCUCGGACCCUGCCGGCGCCGACGAGCGGAGGCCACGGUCGGCGUCGAACGCGGUGCUGGACAAGAUCGAGUCCUUGGCGAUGUACGACUGGUCCGGCCCCCUGCGCACCAAGGGGAGGCACAGCUUCUACAGGCUGAGGGGGAGCAUGAGCGAGCACGGUCGCCCCUCGGACGACGGCAGCGUCGAAGGUUACUUGAUGUAG